ACAAAAACAUAAUGUCUGUGUAAUUUUGGUUUUUUAUUUUGCAAAAUUGUGACGAGUUGAUCCGAAUCCGAAUCUUUGGAUUCAGAUUUUGGCCUUUGGGUGUGAGAGGAGAAUGCUGGAGCCCAGCCGGAGAAUGGACCAUCCUGUGGAAGUCGGGGUGGUGAGGGCGGACACUGAACCAAUGCCCGAGAAUUCUACCGUAAAUCACUUUGUGCCAGACAUUCACCGCGAGAUACCAAAUCCACCGCCAGUCGGUCUAGAGGAGCUCCAGCGUAAAAUAGAUGAUGUUAAGGUCCUUGUGCAAACGGAGCCGCAUGGCAAUGAUCUGCGCAUGUUCUUGUUCACGGUGGCGGCCAGUAAUGAUCACUUCGAGAGCACUCUAGUUCCAUUGCCGCCGCAGUUCAGGGCAACAGCCGGACAUGGAUGUCAGGUGGAGCGACUGCGUCGUGCCAUUGAAAAUAAUUGGCCAAGUCUUCGGGUAAUACCCACAAUGUUUAAUAACAAUGAGGAGUUGUUGGGUUUGGCUUCGGAUGAUAUUGAUGCCUGGCAUUUACUACACUGGCUGCUCGUACCGAAUUCUGAAUAUCCUUUAUUUCGCCGUUUAUCGAUAUUGAAUCUGAGUCCCCUGUGCCGCUUGAUGGGUUUAGGUCAACCCACUGAGGAACCACGUUAUCUGAUAAGUAUUACCUAUGAAGCGACAAAUAAUCAGCAAUGGAAAUGGCGUCGACCGGAGGACGAGGAGCAACGUUAUUAUGCCUUUUUGGGUUUACCACUUGAUAAGGUUUAUCGUUUUCUAUAUACUGGUGAUUUGGAUAUACCACCAGGUGAACCCAUACGUUUGCAUCUUCAAAUGGAGUUUUCUUUGCAACUUUGUGGUGGAUCACCUGACCAACAGCAGGAGGAAUCUAAAUCCAAAUCUCCCGAGUUGUGUUGGCGCAAUUCCCUUAUGGCCAACACGGAGCAAAGGGCUCUAAUCAUUUGUGAGCUUCCCCCAGAGUUGGAUGAAUCAAUGGCCAGGUCCCCGGAUAAGCAUUUCCUCGAGUUCAUAGUUCAAGAGUCGACCACCUUGAAACCCUGUUACCUGUUAAUAUUCGAUGAGCCUGUGGCUGCUAAAAUGAUUCUAAAUUGGCCAGGAAAUCCCAUUGAGAUGACUGCACCACCAGGUCGAUCGUUGAUUAAGCGGACUUCCCAUAGGUUCUCUCAGGUGUCAAAUUAUUUUAGUGAGCGUUUGGAAAAUCUUAAGCGGUUGCUCACCAAAACUAAUACAUCCGAAGGCACAAAUUAAGGGACAAAAGGACAACUCUAUACACUCUCUAAAAUUGAUUUUCCAUUUAAAGUUAAAUUAACAAAGACAGACAGACUUGAAAUAUAUCCGUAACCGUUGGUUAUAUAAUUGUGAUCGUGUGAUCGGUCCUAUUGAAUAUCCUUACAAUGAGUAAUAAAAUCAAACUUCAGGAGA